AUGUGUUUGUUUACCUUUUACCAAGCUCGAAAUGCGCAACCAAGAAGUAUGAAACAGAAGCGAGUGAACGUAAUGCCCUCUAGGGAGGCUCCCAGUGAUGGCGGCGGAGCUGAUGGUAAUCUAGGGAGCAGUUUGGAGGGUUUCCACUCAAUGAUUCAGAAAAAUAGCGGUUCCUUGAGGAAACCUACAAUGAGAUCUAAUACGGGUUCCACCCUAGGCCAGUCCCCCACACUACGAUCGACGUCGUCAAUUUCAAGCCUUAGAAAAAGCUUUUUGAGAUCUAAUUCGAUAUCUACCUCUGGGAGCAGUCGGAGCGCGUCUCCAACAAGAUCAUGUUCUUCUCAAAUGGGACCGCCGGGUCAGAAAAUCAGAAUAGUACGAAGUAGUAGCAAUGAAAGUCCAUGUCGCAGGCGACAGGACUCAUAUGCAGGGAAUAUAUCUGUGGUAAUCAGACCCAAGCCAGUAGUGAGCGCGGAGAGAGAUCCGUGGCAUAUUGAGAACCAGACAAUGAUCUCGCACGAAGAAGCGGGAGAGUUUAGCUUUGACCAUGUUUUUUCAGCAGAUUCCGGAAACUUAGACGUGUAUGAGAGGACCAGUCGGCCCAUGAUUGAUAAACUGUUAGAGGGAUUCAAUUCCACCGUUUUCGCAUACGGAAUGACCGGAUCUGGUAAGACUUUCACUAUGACUGGUACGAACGAGGAACCUGGUUUAAUUCCCCUCUCAGUUUCGUACCUAUUUAGUAAGAUGAUGGAGCAGACUGAGCGGGGAUUGAAAAGAUAUGAAGUUGUUGUGUCAUAUCUUGAGAUUUACAACGAGAAGAUUUACGACCUUCUGGAUUGUGACAUUGACACUAAGAGUCCAUCCACGCCGGCGCGGAUGUUUUCAACCAAUAGAGCGCGAACUCUUGGUGGCCCUAUAGAGCUGAGAAUAAGGGACGACUCUCAAUACGGGGUACGAAUAGUGGGCUUGACUGAAAAGAUAUGCGAAUCGAGCGAAGAAUUAUCGCGAUGGAUUGAAAUCGGUGACAAAAACCGGAGAACUUCAGAAACAAUUUACAAUACAAGAAGCUCUCGCUCACAUGCUGUGGUUCUAGUAAGAGUAAACAACACUGACCUAAGCAGCGGACUGACAAUCUCAACUACGUUAUCGCUGUGCGAUUUGGCGGGAUCUGAAAAAGCUGUGAGCGAGUAUGAAAGAAGGAAGGAGGGAGCGUACAUUAAUAAAUCAUUACUGGCGUUGGGGACAGUUAUCUCAAAGUUGAGUGCAGAAUCUUCGACUAACUUAGGAUCAAGCGCUUCUAGUGUUGGAACUAUGAAUACACACAUCCCCUACCGAGAUUCAAAACUAACGCGAUUGCUUCAACCCGCUUUAAGCGGCAAUAGCAUCGUUACUACUAUCUGUACUAUAGAUACCAGAAGCGAAGCGGCAAACGAGACCAUCAAUACAAUAAGGUUUGCUUCCAGGGCAAAGAACGUUACACUCCAAGUAGUGAAAAGACGCAACUUAUGCUCGGGGCUCAACGAUGACAAAGAUCAUCUGAUUGAAUCACUUAAUGAACAAUUGGAAAUACAACAGCAGCAUGUGGCAAGAUUGGAGCAGCGAUUAUGUGCUGUUUCCGCUCUGGAAGCUGAUGGCAAUGCGAUAAGUAACCCCGAUAUGUCGCGAUUGAGAAUCGAAAAUCAAUUCCUGAAGGAUAGGCUAAACCAUUGCGAACGACUACUGAAUAAGGACACCGUGGACCUGCAAGAUUCUGAGAUGGUUGCAAUAAUAGAUUUGCUUCCCGUAGAAGUCGGUAAUUUACUGGAGACCAGAUUUCAAAAUUUCGAAUCUCAGUUGAGAGAAUACAAAGACUACACGAGGCAGUUAGAGUCGAAGCUCAUGGCCAGAGGUAAUGAAGGAAGUAAUGUUGCUUUUCCAACCAGUCAACUUUCUUCCGGAGAAGAUGAUCUCAUACAAAUAAAACAAUCAGAGAUUACGGAGUUAAAGAAGACAUUAGACCGCAAGGAUAAAAUGAUUGAUGCUCUGCAGAGCGCUAAGCGGCUACGGCAGCGUGUACUACAGCCCAUAGAAAAUAAGGAAGAGAACUACGAGCUCAAAAGGACUGGUAGGUUCUACUAA